CCCCAAGGCACCCUCUGGCCUGCUCAGCCGCUGCGACGGCCUGGGCGGACGGUUUGGUGUGCGCAGGCGCGAAGCCUGGACCUCGCUGCAGCCCCCAUUGCUUCGGGUAGUCGCACCUACAGGGUCCGCUUGCUGGCGCGGCAGUGCUCUCCCGCUCGUCCGCCCUCCUGAGUCGUCCCAGCGCCCUACACGCCGGGAUGGCGGAGCUGCGGCCUAGCGGCGCCCCUGGCCCCACUGCGCCCCCGGCCCCUGGCCCUACUGCCCCGCCGGCCUUCGCCUCGCUCUUUCCCCCGGGGCUGCACGCCAUCUACGGAGAGUGCCGCCGCCUUUACCCUGACCAGCCGAAUCCACUCCAGGUUACAGCUAUCGUCAAAUACUGGUUGGGCGGCCCAGACCCCUUGGACUAUGUUAGCAUGUACAGGAACGUGGGGAGCCCUUCUGCCAGCAUCCCUGAGCACUGGCACUACAUCAGCUUCGGCCUGAGCGAUCUCUAUGGUGACAACAGAGUCCAUGAAUUUACAGGAACAGACGGCCCUAGUGGUUUUGGCUUCGAGUUGACAUUUCGUCUGAAGAGAGAAACAGGGGAGUCCGCCCCCCCGACCUGGCCUGCAGAGCUCAUGCAGGGCUUGGCCAGAUACGUGUUCCAGUCAGAGAACACCUUCUGCAGUGGGGACCAUGUGUCUUGGCACAGCCCUUUGGAUAACAGUGAGUCAAGAAUCCAGCACAUGCUGCUGACAGAGGACCCGCAGAUGCAACCCGUGCAGACACCCUUCGGGGUAGUUACCUUCCUCCAGAUUGUUGGCGUCUGCACUGAGGAGCUCCACGCAGCCCAGCAGUGGAACGGGCAGGGCAUCCUGGAGCUGCUGCGGACGGUGCCCAUCGCUGGCGGCCCCUGGCUGAUAACUGACAUGCGGAGGGGAGAGACCAUAUUUGAGAUCGAUCCACACCUGCAACAGGAGAGAGUUGACAAAGGCAUUGAGACGGACGGCUCCAAUCUCAGCGGCGUCAGUGCCAAGUGUGCCUGGGACGACCUGAGCCGGCCCCCUGAGGAUGACGAGGACAGCCGGAGCAUCUGCAUAGGCACGCAGCCCCGGCGGCUCUCUGGCAAAGACACGGAGCAGAUCCGGGAGACCCUGAGGAGAGGACUUGAGAUCAACAGCAAACCCGUCCUUCCACCAAUCAACCCUCAGCGGCAGAAUGGCCUCACCCACGACCGGGCCCCGAGCCGCAAAGAUAGCCUGGAAAGCGACAGCUCCACGGCCAUUAUUCCCCACGAACUGAUCCGCACACGGCAACUCGAGAGUGUACAUCUGAAGUUCAACCAAGAGUCAGGAGCCCUCAUUCCCCUGUGCCUAAGGGGCAGGCUCCUGCAUGGACGGCACUUUACGUAUAAAAGUAUCACAGGUGACAUGGCCAUCACAUUCGUCUCCACGGGAGUGGAAGGCGCCUUCGCCACUGAGGAGCACCCUUAUGCAGCUCAUGGACCCUGGUUACAAAUUCUGUUGACUGAAGAGUUUGUAGAGAAAAUGUUGGAGGACUUAGAAGAUUUGACUUCUCCGGAGGAAUUCAAACUCCCCAAAGAGUACAGCUGGCCCGAAAAGAAGCUGAAAGUCUCCAUCCUACCUGAUGUGGUAUUUGACAGUCCCCUGCACUAGCCUGGGCUGGGCCCUGCAUGGGCCAGAGGAGAGCCCGGCUGCUCCCCAGUGACUUCCGGUUGAACAGCUGUGUAAGAGAGAGUCCCACCAAGAAAAGGAAGGACAAGUGUGAGGAUGACUGAGCAGCCACGCACCUCCAGCCCGGUGGGAUGCCGGGCACAGGCAGCUGACCCCCACCUCACCUGCAACGCCAAGCCCACGUGGACAGGCCUUGAUCCUACUGGGCACUGAGCGGGCAAAUGCAAACCUUCACACUUUCUGCUGCUGCCACAAGUUCUGGUCUGAGAAGUGACUCUGGACCUUUAAUGUGCCCCUAGGUUCCAGGCCUCCUCCUCACCUGCCCCACGCCACGCAGCCCAGCAGGAAGGAGGUGAGGCGGCCCUGUGGCUUCAGUGCCCAGCUCAACUCUGGGAAGCCUUGUGUAGUCAAGCUCUUCUUGCCACGGAACAAUUCCUCUGACCGUGUUUGGGUUGCUUCCUCUAUUUUAUUUUGUAGAAACCGAUGGUAUUUUAUUGCUCUACAACGAUGUCCAGAAGCUGUGUAUAUAAUGUUUUUUAAACAGGACUUUAUUCCCGUGAACUUCUGAGUUCUGUCAGACAGGGGCUUGGGGCCGUGUGCCCCUGAGCCGCCACCAGAGAAGGUGCCGGCGUUCGCCUGCCAGCCCAGGGCCCAGAGGAGCCAGCUGCAGAGAGGGGCUUCUUUCCCCAGGCUGGCCUGCUGGGGCCUGGGGCAGAAGAGAGCUGAGGCGCUCCCCCGUGCAGCCCCGAGCCCAGUCAGCUGGGGCCAAGCAGGGAUGCUGCUGGUUCCCAAGUGGCCUGGGCCCACAGAGUUCAGGGACCAUCAGGGUCUCAGAGACUCGGUGGCCUCAGCCUCAUCUCCCAGGCCUUUCCCACCCAACCAGGCUUGCCUGGGACAGGGUGAGGCCCAGCAGUGCACAGUCAUCCCCACCGUCACUCAGAGCUGGGCCUCCAGCUCUUCGACCACUCCUGUCCCAUUCCCUCGUCCCCUGGGCCUCCCGGCCUCCAGGCUGCAGGACUCUGGCUUAUUAAAAACCGAAAAAUUAACCUCUCAACAUGUCUAUAACUUUGAUUUUGUAAACACCGCACUCUGCUGCUCUCCCGUCCUCCCUGCAUCCACUCAUGUCUCAUCUCUCAUUCCCCAGUCCCGUCCUGUCUCCUGUCCUGCAUCUGGGCCUCUCACAGUCCUUGGUCCCUUGCCCCAAAGCUGCAGUUCUCAUGGUCUUCCUCCCAGAAGCCCACCUAUCUCUGGCCGGUGGUUUGGGGGCUCCUUUUGGGCUAUCUCCCACUUCUGCCCUGGAAUCAGUAAGCCCCUUUCAUACCUGCUUACCCCCUACUCUAGGGACUGCUAUUUCAGGAUCAUCCUUCUGUCCAAAGCAAAACCAUUUUGUCUGUCAGGGACCGUGAUCUGCCCCGUCUGCUCCGCCACACACACAUGCCACCAGGAGCGCCACAGGUGCAGGACCCCUCUGAGGAGAGACCCAGCCAAAGAGCUGCCUCCAGGGGUCAUGAAGGCCAUGACCGACUCUCCAGGGAACAGUAGUUGGACUCAAGGGACCUGGGUCCUUCUCUGCAUGCACCCUCAGGGCCACCUGGUUAACUCCACCAAACUCGGAGCUGCAAGGCAGACCAGCCUGGAGUACCCAGAGAGACGAGCUUCAGGCUCCCGGCAGCCGAGGUGGAGCCCUCUGGACCUGACGUUGGCAGCAGCUGUGCCUUGUCUUAGGACUUCUCAAAAGACGUUUCCUGGCCUUCGCCCGCCACAGCAUCCCUGCCUCUGAAGCUCUUGUCUUUUGACGUUUCAUGGCCAGAGAGGCGCCAUCAGCUGUCCUCUAUUCCUUGCCACCCUGACCUACCUCUCCACCAAUUCUUUCUUUCUAGGGCCCUACCUCUACCUGCCUGGUUUGGUGGCAGGGAGCGAGCUAUCUUCUGAACUAAGAUUUGUCAUCAUUAAGUGAGCUCCUAAUGCCGAACCCGUAAAGCCUGCGAUCCCCUUCCCGCCCCACCAUGUAAGGAACCUCCAAGGUCAUGCUGGGGCCCGCCCUCCAUUUCCUCUCCCUCCAGUGCAUUGGCUGUGGCACAGUGGCAAGACACGGCUGUCCCUGACCAGACCUCCCUUCCCUUGUCCAGUGGUGCCUUCUUCCUAGGGGUUAUUCUGGGAAGGGGUCUCCACUGAGCUGGCUGGUGAAGAGGAACCCUCACUGGGAAACAAGCAAGAUUGACCACGUCCCGUGCCCAGCACAGCACCUGAAACAUGGUGGGCGCUCACUAAAUGUGUCCCUUCUUUCCCCCCCUGCAGCCCUUUGGGAGCCCUGACUUCACAGUGAGUGGGGAAGUAAGACGCUUCCCUCCCUUAUCUGCCUCUUCCACAGGCUUCCUUGAGGUUUGCCAGGUCCUGCCCCUCCCUCCAGGUCCCUGGUGCUAGAAAGAGGCUGUGACAUUGUCUGCCUGCUGCAUCAGGCAGACUCCUGUGGCCCCUCCUGCAGUGUGGGCUGCAGGAGGACCGCAGACCCAGCUGCCCUUGGCGGGGGUGGAGAGGCUCACGCAAGGUCUCAGCAAGGUCUCAGGUCUGGCUGGGGAGCUGGUACUUCUUCCUGCCCUUCUCUUUCUCUUCCAAAAGCCAGGCUUCGGGACAGGAACUGGGAAACCACCAGGAGAGUCUAAAAGGGCUAGAGUGUUUUUAAAAAAUGAACACAGGGUCUUGAGACUGGGUUUUAAGGUUGAGUGGAGAGCAGG